ACAAUUUUUAUUUUGAAGAGGUUAGUUACAUCCUGUGCAUGGCCUGAGGGAUUUCAAGCUGUGGGUUCUCAUUCUCAUGUGGUUUGUCCCAGUGGGACUGGCCUCUUCUCUCUUACAACCAUGUGAUCUGAGAACUUAUCACAGUGUGUGGUACUCACACACUACAAGCUUUAGAGGAAAGAGGAGGUGAGCUUUCUGAGAGAAGCGGGUCUCUUUUUGAUAUGGCUUCAGAAAUUACUUAUGCGGAAGUGAAGUUCAAGAAUGCAUCCAACUCCUCUGGCACCCACUCAGAUUCUUCUGCAGCUCCCAAAGGGAACCCCACCCAUCAUCAAAGUAAGCCUGGUUCUCCCUCGCUGCUUUUUAAAUCACUGAUGAUAUUUUUUCUGCUGUUGGCAAUCUCAUUCCUAGUUGCUUUUAUCAUUUACUUUCAAAAGUACUCUCAACUUCUUGAAGAAAAAAAAGCUACAAAAUACAAAAUAAUUCACAACAAAUUGAGCUGCAUGAAAAACAGUUCACUUAUGGAUGGCAAAGCCUGGAGCUGUUGCCCAAAGGAUUGGAAACCAUUUGGUUCCAACUGCUACUUCAUUUCAACCAGCCCUGCUGCAUCUUGGAAUGAGAGUGAAAAGAAGUGCUCCAGCAAGGGUGCUCAUCUGCUGGUGAUCCACAGCAAGGAAGAACAGGAUUUCAUCACCAAGAACCUGGAACAAAAAGCUGCUUAUUAUAUAGGGCUGUGGGGUCCAGGUCAUCGACAAUGGCAAUGGGUUGAUAAGUCACCAUACAAUGAGAGUGCCGCAUUCUGGCACAAAGGUGAGCCCAACAAUGUGUGGGAGAAAUGUGUUGUAUUACAUCAUCGACCUGCUGGUUGGGGCUGGAAUGAUGUCUUAUGCAAUUAUAUACAAAGCUCAGUUUGCCAGAUGAAUAAAAUAUACUUAUGAAUCACA